CCGGUAGAACAUUAAGUACUCACACUAUAAGAGGGCGGGUUUGCAUCUACUAGCACAGCUAGUACCGUAAAAGCGCUGUACAGGUCGCAGUUGCCGGCGAGACACAACGAAGUUUACAUACGGAUAUAAGGAUAUUACACAUAUGAGAGGACCCAGUAAAGCAGAAAUCUUGGGCACUGGGGAAUGUAUAAGAACUGAGAUGAACACGUGCGAAGACUUGUCUCUGGACGGUCAGUCUCCGACAAUGAUCUUCGCCUCCAAGGGUAUCGACAUCACUCCAAACAAAGACCGGGGGGUGUGCAAGAUAGUGAAGAGACAUGGCAUUGAGGGGGAGAAGCCCAUGAUUGGAGAUAAGGUUUACGUCCAUUACACGGGCAAACUGCUCAAUGGCAAGAAAUUUGACUCUAGCCUGGACCGAAAGGAGCCUUUUGUCUUCAAUGUGGGGAAAGGUCAGGUGAUAAAAGCCUGGGACAUUGGCGUUUGUUCCAUGCAGAAAGGGGAGAUCUGCCUGUUUCUCUGUAAACCUGAAUACGCCUACGGGUCGGCAGGGAGCCCCCCGAAAAUCCCUCCCAAUUCCACACUGCUUUUCGAGGUGGAGCUGCUAAGCUUUAAAGGCGAGAAGCUUACGGAAGAUGGAGGCAUCCUGAGAAGGAUUAAGGUCAAAGGUGAAGGUUACAGUAACCCUAACGAAGGGGCAACUGUCCAUGUGCACUUGGAAGGCAGCUGCGAUGGCCGCGUGUUCCAGUCCCAGGACAUAACGUUCACUGUGGGGGAAUCAGAGGACAUGGGGGUUCCUUUAGGAGUGGACAGGGCGAUGGAGAAGAUGCAGAGAGGAGAGUGCUGCCUGCUGUAUUUAAAACCCAAAUAUGGUUUUGGAAAAGAAGGAAGACCAGAAUACAACAUUGGACCAAACGCAGAGUUGAUGUAUGAAGUGACACUCAAAGAUUUUCAAAAGGCCAAAGAAUCAUGGGAGAUGGACCUGAAGGAGAAACUGGAGCAGGCAGUGUUGGUUAAACAGAAAGGGACCCAGUAUUUUAAGGCAGGACUAUACCAGCAGGCUGUGAUUCAGUACCAGCGGAUGGUGUCGUGGUUCGAGAUGGAGUGUGGGGUUGGGAGGGAGCAGCAGCAGGCGGUCCAAACCCAACAGCUCGUCGCCCACCUAAACAUGGCCCUGUGUUUCCUGCGUCUGAGGGAGUACGCCCAGACCGUGGAGCACUGCAAUGAGGUGAUUGAGCUGGACUCAGAGAACGAGAAGGCACUGUAUCGGCGGGGGGAGGCCCGCCUCCUGCGAAACGAGUUCAGUCUGGCCAUGAGGGACUUCCAGCAGGUUCUCCAGGUUAAUCCGUCUAACAGGGCUGCACGUGCUCAGAUCAGCACCUGCCAGCGAAAGAUGCGCGAGCAUCACGAACGAGAUAAGAGGAUCUAUGCCAACAUGUUCCAGAGGUUCGCAGAGCACGAUGCCAAGGUGGGCAGGUUGAAAAGAAAGAGAGAAGACAGCAGCCCUUUGGAUCGUGACAAUAAACUUAACACAAAAAGACGGAGGAGUCAGGAGUGCUCCUAGAGUUCGCCCCCCCCGCCCGGCCAGCGGCCCAUAACCAGGCCAUUACCUGGACUUUGACCCGGGUUACCCCGGGUUUGACCGUAUGACAGCGUAUGGGAACGGGGCCAGGUCUUCCCUGGAAAAACCCCGCAAAGAGGUCCAGGCUGUGGAGACCAAACACUGGACCCUUUUCCCACCGCAAAAGAACUCCGACCUCAUGACUCCAGACUUCCGCGAUGCCUCUCUCUCUAAAGGCGGGAAGAGACACGGAAUGGAGAAGGGAGAGGCCCCGGGCCUAGAACGGCAUUCCUUUCCGAAAGACGAAGAAAAAAAAAAACCCCUCAAAGAAAUAAGAAACGCACACAAACCAUGUGACCACUCUUAAAUAUACCAUUACUCCCCCUUAAGAAAACACCUCACUUCUCAGAAUGCCAUUCUCAUCUGGUUAUAUUGUGUAAUAUA